CACACGGUGCCCGUGCUUUCGGAAGUGUACGUGUCGCUCCGGCUAUUUUUUUUUCCUGUUCUCCAUCACGCGUUAUUCUUGCCUCUGUUUUCCAUCUCGUGUGGAAAAUAGCUAAAUAAAAUCAUGGAUACUCUGUAUCCGAAUCUCUACGAGCGCUUCAAGACCGAGGGCCUUUGUCCCAUUUGCUUCAUGGAGAUGGAACUAAUGCCCAGAUACUCGUGCAUUAACGGACACACCAUAUGCCACCGUUGCAAGCCUUAUUAUUACAAUUGCUUCACGUGCGCGGCACCGUUGGAUGUGGAGAUCCUGUCAUCACAGAAGAACAUAUCCCAGCCGUCGCGUUAUGACGAUUAUAAUCCUAGCGCGCCAUCGAUGAAUGAUUUUCUGGACUACGAAAGGAAAGUUUGGGAACCAUUCGUGCCUUCUGAAAAUCAGCAUCUCGAACCCUGCUCGUAUUCUUAUCUAGGAUGCUGGGUUAAAAUACCAGAGCACUUGCGAAUGCUUCAUGAAUCGAGGUGUCAGUUUCGACCGUACUUGGAGGAGAAACACAUGCCAACCGAUCUUCAUCAUGGCCAUGAUGAUUUGGUAGAUUGUUCGUACUCUGCAGCAGGAUGCAAGGUACGAACAGUGCCGUGGAGACGCAGCAUUCAUGAACAGUAUUGCAUCUAUAAAAGCAAGGACAUGUUUCAAACUGUGAACGAUGUGAGCGAUGAUUUCGCGUCUGCGACAAUCGUCGAUAACGAUUAUGGCGGCGAUCCUGAAGAAUUGGUGCAAUGCAAGUUUAAGCAAUAUGGUUGCAUGGUGAAUAUUCCGAGGAGACGAAAAUACAUACACGAGCAGAAAUGCAACUACAAGAACCAUGAAGGAAACGUAUUUCAGAAUACGAACGAUAUGAGCGAUGGCUUCACAUUCUCGACGAUCACCGAUAACAAUUAUGGCGGCGAUCCUGAAGAAUUGGUGCAAUGCAAGUUUAAGCAAUAUGGUUGCGUGGUGAAUAUUCCGAGGAGACGAAAGUACAUACACGAGCAGAAAUGCAACUACAAGAACCAUGAAGGAAACGUAUUUCAGAAUACGAACGAUAUGAGCGAUGGCUUCACAUUCUCGACGAUCACUGAUAACAAUUAUGGCGGCGAUCCUGAAGAAUUGGUGCAAUGCAAGUUUAAGCAGUAUGGUUGCAUGGUGAAUAUUCCGAGGAGACGAAAAUAUAUACACGAACAGAAAUGCAACUACAAGAGCUAUCAAGGAAACUUGAACAGAUUCGAUUAUUCCGCGCAACCAGAAUUAGACCCUAACGAGCAAGUAGAAUGCAGGUGGUCCGAAUAUGGCUGCCGAGUCAGACCGAAACGUUAUCAUAAGCAAGUUCACGAGGAUAAAUGUAAUUACAGGAAGGAAUUGCCAUGAAGCAGCGCUAUAUUUAAGCCAAUCUUAAGAUACUCUCAUGAGUACAACUACAAUGUUUUGCCUAUCAUUAAUUAUAUCGAAUUAAACUAAUGAUAUCAUAUUCAACAAAUUAGUGUAAUUCUCGCAACACGCUAAUGUUUAUCAGAGCAAGAUUACAAAAUAUCUUUUUUUGAAUUGUGAUUUGUCUUUUCAGAGAUAUUGAUCAACAUACUCAAUCAUUCUCAAUCUCUGAAUCGCGUAACACAAAGACGUGGAAACUGAUUGUUUCUUCUCAUAAUUGUUGAAUUAAAUGGAAUGCUAGUUGAAAACGCGUACAUUCCUCCCUUCUAUAGCGCUGAACAACUAAAGUGUCGAUACCAAUAGAUACAAAUAGAAUCGACAAUUCUAUUAAUAGAUAACAAGCCGCGAGAUAACAACAAUUAAAAACAACAAAGUGAAUCCGAUCAUCGACGACGCGAAGAUGCGGAGCAAUUUUGUGAACGCAUUAACGAUUUCCAGGAACUCGCAGGGAUAAUACAGAAGAGGAUUAUUUACUCUCUCCGCCACUCUCCGUUCCCGCGCGAGAUAGCGAGACUUCCGCCUGUCGUUCCGGGGAUCAUCUUGAGCAUGAUCGUCCGGAAUGAGGGAGUGAUGGCGUGGCUGGGAUAUCCAACACCUGCAGGCUAAUGGUGGGUCUCCCUGUACGCCCACGAUCGCAUCACUAUCGCUCGACGAAACGACACUUACACGUUUAUAACAUCCCAUUUAUAACGUCGGCAUAGGCAAAGGAUGACGCGCAAUUCUGUCUCGAUGCGUGAUUAUAGAUGGUAUCCUGUUGUCUCGAAGUCAAUAAAAUAUAUCAAUAUCAAAGACAAAUUGCGCAUUUUAUCCAUUUUAUUUGUAGUCAUUUUAUUCGUAUAAUAGUUAACCACAUGUAUCAUUUUCUACAUAUAUCAUAUUAUCACAUA